AUUAUCUCACUAAUCACAUUUUGGAUUGGCCUACACAUAAAGGGUGUCUCAAGUCAGAACCAAAAACAAUGGCAAAAUUUCUAAGCUCUGGCAUUUUUAUGCCACAGCUACUACUACUAUACGUCUUUGUUGAAGAAUUCACCUUGCUUCACAUUAAUAAUGCCAUUCUCAGGGUCAAUCUCCACCGGUUUUUCUUUUCAUCUUUCUUGUGAAUCAGUUUCUGUUGUGUGCUGCAAUGUUGCUUGAUUUGGAGCCCUUGUGAUUUGAACUUUCCAGACAUCUAGAUCGAACGGUAGCUGAAAGUUUGGAUUGAGUAAAUAGUAUAUCUAUUAAGAUUUUAGAUCAAGAUGUGACAUUCGACUCGAUAAUCGAAGUUCUAGCCUUAGUAUAAGGAUGCAGCUUUGAUUUCUGGCAACACGAAAUAGGCCUUACUCGAAUCGGAUUCAAGGGUAGAUCUGGCAGCUUGGAGUUAUGUCUGCUUAUGGCCAUCAAAUGGAGGAGAACUAUUCUGCAAGGAGUCUCUCUGGUGGUUCUGAGAUGAGGAGCAGUUAUGUGCUGGAAUCAGGAUUCUACAUCACUUCUUUCGCAGCAACCAUCUUGAUUACCUCGCUCGCCACUAUCGGCCUCCUAAUGAUUACUAUGCUGGUUGCUCUGGCAAUGAUGCUGCAGUCUUGUCAGAGUAGAGGUUCUGGAGUUAUAGAGCUUCUAAGUGUGAAUGAUGAUUACAGCUAUUGCAAGGUUCAUUCUCUGCACACCGAGCUCAAUAGCUUAGAAGGACAUAAUCUUCCUAGCAUCUGCAAGGACCUGGCCAUAGAAUAUGUCAAAGGAGGCCGAUACGCUCGCGACUUAGACUCGACCAAGUCUCUGAUUGAGGUCUACUUUGACAAAGUUAAACCAUCAGAUGAUGGAGUUGGUGUAGUGCUAAUGGACAUAGAUGGCAUUUUUCCUCUGAAUCCUAAUUCAUCCAAUCUAUAUCAGAGGUUUCAUGAUAACAGCAUUGUCAAUUGUAUGUUAGAGUUGCAAAAUUUAAAAAGCAGUCUUGUUCUAGGAUUAUGCAAGAAGCUUCAAGCUGCUGGAUGGCCUAUAGUUUUGCUAUCAAGGGGGAACGGAUCAGAUAGAAAUGUCACUGUUGAUAAUCUUGGCAAAGCCGGAUUCGGAAGUUGUUGGUCUUCCUUGAUGAUGAGAGAUGAAGAUGAAGAUUAUUCCAACAAAGAAAAUGAAUGGAUUUCUAGGAAAAAGAAUGUGAUAAAGAAUAAGGGUUUCGUUAUAAAAGGGAUCAUAAGCAGCCAUAUGGAUGCAUUAAUUGCUGCAGAUACAGGAGUGCGUAAUUUUUUGCUUCCUGAUCCUAUAUGCGACAAAUUUGAGCAACAAAGAAAACCAUCAUAGUCCAUAGAUCAUAGAUGAUGGAGAUUAGUGUGAUAGUCUUGUGUUUUUAUUUUUUCCCCUCCAAGUAUAUGCUUCUAGGAUAAUAGGAUGUAUAUUACUUUUUUUAAACAAAAGUGUCUUCUACUCAAUGUGCCAUGCAUAUUAUGAUUGUGGUAA